AUGACAAUACGUAAAGGAAAUGUCUCGCUGGUGUUUAAAAGCGGGCGUGCUAUCGUUGGCUGCAAGUACACCAUUGUACAUGAUUUUAAUGAUAGAACAACUGACGUCUAUUUUAAUUUGAUUGACCUAAUCAAUGUUGUAGAAAUUACGCUGGAGAGCCCAAGGAAAGUGUGUGAAGUCUUCGUCAGUGGAGGUCGCAACGUCGCUUUGAAGCAACAGACAGCGCAAAUCAACACCCACCGUUGGCAUAGAUCGGAAAAAGCAGUCGAUGGUGACAGAUCCAAUCAAAUAAUACAGAACUCUUGCACUCACACGGAAGAAGACAUAGAACCAAACACAAAGCAGUAUUGGACUAUUACGUUCAGUAGAGACGUGUUUAUUCAAAGAUUCAAAAUAUUCAACAGAGUUGAUAUUCCAGAACGAUUGGCUGGCUUUUUCUUAGAAGCAUUCAACUCAACUAAAGACAUUCCGGUUUACAGUUUUCACGACACUAGUACAAAAACUGACACUUUAGUUUAUGACUGGGCUAUACAGAUGUUUGUUGCCAACAGAGUGACAAUUUAUUUACUUGACAACAUCUUGACGCUGUGUGAAGUGGAGAUUUAUGGAGACUCUAAAUCCUCCUGUAUGCCGUCGACAGGCGUCUGCCGUACAGGUGGUUGUACCCCUGGAUAUAAGGGCAAAGACUGCGAGGAAGAGAAAAGAUGUAGCGCUGCUCCCAACAUUACAAAAGGGGCAUGGCAUAAUUGUCAAAACGAGUUGCGUAGCGUGUGUACACUGGUCUGUGAAGAUGGUUACGAAGUUAAAGGGAACGACAACAUCACCUGCCAAGCUAAUCAAGAGUGGACAAUGCCUGGUGUGUGCUCAACAUUGGAAAAUGGUUGUAUAGAAGGUUGGUUUGGACCGGGAUGUUAUUACAGAGAUAUUAUGCUUUUGGCGAAUGAAAUAUACCCACAAUAUUUACGCGAAAACGGCAGUUGCUAUUCAACAAAUUUUGUGCACAUCAAGUUUAAGGCGGAGACCUAUUUUAUUUCUGUUAGAAUAACUUUUUUUCAUAAAGACAGUAAUAUUAGUGCAGCAACUCUUCAUGCAUUCCUCAAUGGAAAUGAGAACAAAUGUCCCGAGUCAACGCAUUUUAGGGUCGAUUCAUAUAAUGUCGAGAUUCUUUGCAAAAGCAAAUUAGUAGUAACUGAAAUUAAAAUCAUAUUUAAUUCAAAUGCUUCCAUUUGCAAACUCCGAGUAAACGGCGGAAGAGAUCUUACAAAAGAAGCAAAUUUUGCCAUAAGCUUUGACAGCCACAGUCAUAGCAUAAAUUACGUACAUGAAAAUAUCGAGGAAAAUUGUUUAAUUAUAAAAAGGCCUGGGAAAAAAAUCAGUUUGGAAUCAAAAUUUGAUUGGCCGCGUGAAGUCUAUCAGAUUCAAGCCUCUAGAAACAUUCUCAAACGUUACAGUGACUUAUUUAUUGGAGCGACUGAUGAACAAAGAAAUGCAGCUAUACUUCUCCAGUCGACCCUGUUUAUGGCAGCUAAGCCAAUCAGCACUUGUUUCUCCGAAAGCGUUACAUAG